AUGGAGUGGGAAAAGACUUUUACCUUACCGCCUGAUGGUACAAGAGGAAACCUAAUGAGAGUCACGAUAGCGAUUGGCUUAGUCUUUGCUCUUAUCCAUGUUUUUCUUCCAUCCGAUGCCUACCUUAAAAAUUUGUUCAGUUCAAACAAAGUUUUCAUAGAUAGCCUCCCAAGGUCACAAUCCUUAUCCUCUACAAGAUUCUCGGACGGACUGAGAAAAUGCCGAAACAGAUAUAUUUUCCCUCAAAAAAUAGACCCUGAACACAGACAAGAAAAUCCAAGGUAUCAUAUAUAUACGAAUGAUACAUCAACACUCGGUACAAACUUCUCGUUUGUGAUUAAGAAUGCCACAGUACUUGAUGGGGACGGAAUCCUCAGAGAUGGACCUGCAGAUGUGUAUAUCGAUAAAGGAAUGAUUUAUGGAGUUGUGGACAGUGGAUCAAAAAUAUCACAAUUCUUGAUGGAGUCUGUUAAGCCACAUGAUAUAAUUGAUGCUAAAGGAAAAUAUGUCACACCAGGAUUGGUUGAAAUGCAUUCACAUGUUGGUAUCUGCACGCAGCCUGAGUUACGAGGAGUGAAUGAUAUGUUUGAGUUAAUGAACCCAACAACUCAAUUUACAAAAACUUUGGAUGCAUUCAACAUUGGUGAUCCUGCAAUCAAGCUUAUAAGUUAUGGAGGUGCAACGUCCUCAUUAGUAUUACCUAGUGCAAAUCUUAUAUCAGGAGAGGGCUUCGUUUUUAAGAUGCUGGUUCCACCAUCAAGGUCAGUAGAAGAAAUGCUUCUUCAAUAUGAUCCAAACGAUGUUAGUCCAAAUCUUUCAGUUAAUAGGCAGCGGUGGAUGAAGAUGGCCUGCGGAGAGAAUCCUAAAAAAAGAUUUGUUGCAAAUCCAUCAGCUCCAAAAUCUAGGAUGGGUCUAGGUUUCUUAUUCAGAAGCACUAUGGAAAAGGCCCAGCAUCUGAAAGAAGAACAAGAUUUAUGGUGUGAUGCAAUCGAACAAGGUUUAACACCAAAAACUCCAAGCUUCCCUGAAAAUUCCGAGUACGAUCUUUUGGUUGAACUCCUUAGGGGAAAGGUUAGGACAAAUUCCCACUGCUACGAGACGUUUGAUAUUGAAACUCUUUUCAGGCAUGCCAGGGAAUUUGGCUUUAACAUUACUGCAGUUCAUCAUGCUUUAGAUGCAUAUAAGAUUCCAGAAAUAAUCAGAAGACAACCUGGAAAUGUGAGUAUUGUUACUUUUGCAACGGAAUGGGGUUUCAAGAAGGAAGCGUUUCAAGGAAGUGUUUUCAGUCCAAAGAUUUUGAAUGAUAAUAACAUAACCAUUGCUCUGCAUACGGAUCAUCCUGCAAAUGGUGGCCAAGAUUUGAUUAUUCAAGCACAAAUAGCACAUAGCUUUGGCCUUCCAGCUGAUAAAGCAUUUUCUGCUAUUUCCGGAACAGCUGCAAAGAUUCUUGGUUUAGAUGACCGAAUUGGAUAUCUUAGAAAAGGCUAUGAUGCAGAUUUAGUCUUGUGGGAUAGACAUCCUCUGCAGGCAGGUUCAAGUCCACUCAAAGUUUAUAUUGAUGGUGUUUCUGUUUUAAAUGUACCAAUCCCGGAUGAAAAUAAAGAUGAUGAUCUCAUUUCCUUACCAGGCUCCCUGGAGGACAUUACUACUGAUAAAAAAGCAUUAAGGUGCCUUGAAGGAUCUCAGGAAUUUGUCGUGAAAGGAAUAAAGCAGUCAUUUUUAAAGUCGUUACCAUCGGGGGCCUCUAAUAUAACAAAAGAAAUGGUCGUCAAGGGUGGUGAAGUUCUUUGUUUCCAGCAAGACUGUUCUGAAUUCUACAGCGCAAUUCAUUCCAACUGUACGAAAAUAAUAACCUUGAAGGAUGGCUAUGUUGUGCCGGCAGGAACUGCUCUUACUACAACUCAUGGUAUUACAGAAAUGCCAUCGGAACUUUCAACUGGAGAUGGGGACGUUAUGGAUUUUGUGAAUAACAACAUUUUGGAUGAUUUCAGUGAUCCAGAGAAAGUAGUUGCUGCAAAAAAUGGUCUUCAUCUUGAAAGUAAACAUCUUAAAUGGGCCCAUAACUCCGGUGUUCUAAAGAUAAUCACACCUCCUUUGAGAAAUGAGGGUAAAAAAUUCUUAACUGGUAUCAGUACAGCUUUCAGAUCGGAUGCAACCGAUUUAAAUGGAAUUAUUAAGGAAAAUGUUGCCAUACACUUUACAAUAGGUGAUUUAGGAAAGCAAAUACUUUUGCCUACAGUUUCUUUACAAAUCCAGACCCUAAGGAAACUUCUACUAGAGAAUAAGGGCAAAGCAAAUGCAUAUGGAGAUGCAUUCAGAGGUGAACUCCCCAUUGCAUUGCAUACAAACAGUAAGGAUGUAAUCCUUCAACUUAUAAAGCUUAAAAAUGAACUUAAAACACCAUACUUUAUUAUAGUUGGAGGUGUUGAAGCACAUCUUGUCGGAAAGCAAUUGGCGGAAAAUGGUAUCCCGGUAGUUUUAGAGCCUUGGAGAUGCCAAAGAAAAUAUUGGGAUGAAAGAAGAUGUUUAACUGGAUUACAUGGAACCCCAACCGCUAUUACUGCACUCAAGAAAGCGGGCGUGAAAUUUGCGAUUGCAGUCGAUGAAGACAAGUUAGUGAGACUCCUUUACCAGGAAGCUACAAUCGCAAAAGCAAGAUCCGAUAUAACAAGUUAUGAAGCUUUAAAAGCUAUAUCUUACGAUGUUGAAGAUAUCUUUAAAAUCAACGACUUUAUUAACAGUUUAGAUUUUCUCGUUACUGAAGGACAUCCACUUACUUAUGGAUCUCAAAUAGUUGCAAUAGUGGAAAAUGGUACACUAACUGACGUGUAUCCAGAUUUGGAACCUGAGUUCGAAGUAUCGCCCACUUAUUGA